AUGUCUGGCCAGGAAUCUACCACUCCGGCUGCCGCGACCGAGCCUACCUCGCUUCCAGAGCGCAGCGCAAACCCCGCUGAAGCCCCUCCGCCAGCAGAAAUAUCCAAGAACGCGGCGAAGAAGGCCGCAAAGAAAGAGAAGCUUGCUCAGGGAAAAUCAGGGAAGGGUGAGAAGGCAGAUAAAGGGAUUGGUCACAGCGGAACGAAACAUGCGGCGGUGAAGCCAGCAAAGAAGAGGGCCGACGGGCCUGCGCUCAUCGGUAUAGAUGUGGCCAAAGAAGACGAUUUUGCAGCAUGGUACCAGCAGGUGCUGUUAAAGGGCGAGAUGCUGGAUUAUUACGAUGUCUCCGGAUGCUUCGUCCUAAAGCCUCACUCCUUUUUUAUAUGGGAGCAGAUUCAGAGCUGGUUCGAUGCCAAUAUUAAGAAGAUGGGUGUCAAGAACUGCUCUUUUCCCCUUUUUGUGUCUGAAGACGUUCUGAAGAAAGAAAAGGACCACAUCGAAGGGUUCGCCGCUGAAGUUGCGUGGGUGACUCAUGCUGGAAACUCCCCACUUGAGAAGAAAAUAGCUAUCCGCCCAACCUCCGAGACCGUUAUGUAUCCAUACUACGCCAAAUGGAUUCGAAGUCAUCGUGACCUGCCCCUUAAACUCAACCAGUGGAACUCGGUCGUGAGAUGGGAGUUCAAGAACCCACAGCCAUUUUUGCGCACCAGAGAGUUCCUGUGGCAAGAAGGGCAUACGGCCCAUCUAACAAAGGAGGAAGCUCACGAGGAAGUGCUCCAGAUCCUCCAGCACUAUGCUCACGUCUAUGAACAGCUUCUCGCCGUCCCCGUCAUCCAGGGCCAAAAGACUGACAAGGAAAAGUUUGCCGGCGGUCUUUAUACCACAACCGUAGAAGGAUACAUUCCAGCUACUGGGCGUGGAAUCCAGGGAGGAACUUCCCACGGCCUUGGUCAGAAUUUCAGCAAGAUGUUCGGCAUCACCGUUGAGGAUCCAUCCGCUCGUCCAGACGAGAAGAAGCCGCCGCUCCAUGUCUGGCAGAAUUCGUGGGGUCUGUCCACCCGAACAAUCGGUGUGAUGGUUAUGAUCCACGGUGACAAUCGCGGAUUGGUUCUACCACCCCGUGUUGCCGAUAUUCAGACCGUCAUCGUCCCAGUUGGCCUGGGUGCCAAGACCCCAGAUGAGGAACGUGCAUCAAUUAUGGCCGAGAUAGAGGCCAUAGCCACUGUGCUAUCGGCAGCUGGCGUCCGUGUCGAGGUGGAUAAGCGUGAUGGAUAUACCCCCGGAUGGAAGUUCAACGACUGGGAACUCAAGGGUAUCCCCCUUCGCCUUGAGUUUGGCCCUGGAGAAUCUGCUGGCUCCUUUGUCACAACUUCGCGUCGUGACAUUGCCGGCAAAGAGGGAAAAUCCUCUAUUCCGAUUAAAGAGCUGGGGACUGCUGUCCCUGCACUGCUUGAAACUAUCCAAGCAGAUCUCUACUCGCGUGCUAAGGCAUCAUUUGACGCCAACACUAAGCUGAUCACUAACUGGGAUGAUUUCUGCCCCGCCCUAAACUCCAAGAAUAUCUGUGUGAUUCCACACUGUUUGACCGAGGCGUGUGAGGACCAGAUCAAAGAAAUGAGUGCCAGAAAGGCUGAAGAGGAAUCCGGUGAACAACAAGAUGCCAAAGCACCAAGCAUGGGAGCCAAAAGCUUGUGUAUUCCAUUCGAUCAGCCUGAAGGUAUUGAGCUAGGAGUAACUAAAUGUGCUAACCCCAAGUGUGAGAAGACUGCUGAGAAAUGGUGCAUGUUCGGACGAUCAUAUUAA